GCCGGGGGUUUGAAUAGUGGCCCCGGCCGGGGAGGGUUCUGCCAAAGUGCCACGUUGGGCCCGGCUGCGGCGUGAGGAGCCGGUUCAGGGCUCCGUCCCGGGCGUUCGCGCCUGGGCGCCGGCCGUUGGGGCAGUUGGGCGGCACGAGUAGAGUCGGGAAGCCGGUCCGCGGCGUGCGCUGCGGGCCGCCCCGCGUCGGCGGCGGGGAACGGCUCCGGUCAGGCGGCGCCGCGGAGCCGGGGCGGCGGCGUGUCCCGCCCGAAGGCGGCUCUGGCUGAGGGCGGAGGGGCCGGCGGAGCGCCCGGGGCAGCGGCUGUGGCGGGACGGCGGCGGCGGGGGCCGCUGCCCCCGGAGGAGCCGGCCGAGAUGCUGGCGGAAAACCUGGUGGAGGAGUUUGAGAUGAAGGAGGAAGAGCCGUGGUACGACCACCGGGACCUCCAGCAAGAUCUCCAACUUGCUGCUGAACUUGGGAAGACAUUACUGGAUCGGAACACAGAGUUGGAGGAUUCUCUUCAGCAGAUGUACACAACCAAUCAGGAGCAGUUACAGGAAAUUGAGUAUCUGACCAAGCAGGUGGAGCUCCUACGGCAGAUGAAUGAGCAACAUGCAAAAGUUUAUGAGCAAUUAGAUAUAACAGCACGGGAACUGGAAGAAACCAAUCAAAAGCUAGUUGCGGACAGCAAGGCCUCACAGCAAAAGAUUCUGAGUCUGACUGAAACCAUCGAAUGCCUACAAACCAACAUUGACCACCUCCAGAGCCAAGUGGAGGAGUUGAAGUCAUCUGGCCAAGGAAGAAAGAGCCAGGAGAAGUGUGACCAAGAGAAAUCAGCACCCAGAUUCUCGUGUCUGAAGGAACUCUACGACCUCCGCCAACACUUUGUGUAUGAUCAUGUGUUUGCCGAGAAGAUCACUUCCUUACAAAGUCAGCAAAGCCCCGAUGAGGAAGAAAAUGAGCACUUGAAGAAAACAGUGACGAUGCUGCAGGCCCAGCUGAGCCUGGAGCGGCAGAAGCGGGUGACGAUGGAGGAGGAAUAUGGGCUUGUGCUGAAGGAGAACAGUGAACUGGAACGGCAGCUGGGAGCCACGGAUGCCUACCGCGCUCGGGCGCUGGAGUUGGAGGCCGAGGUGGCCGAGAUGCGGCAGAUGCUGCAGUCGGAGCAUCCUUUCGUGAAUGGCGUCGAGAAGCUGGUGCCGGACUCUCUGUUCACCCCUUUCAGAGAACACAGCCAGAGCCUGCUGGAGGAGCUGUUCCUGCCUUUGCCAGAAGCACACAGAAGGCCCCUUAAGCGCAGCAGCAGUGAGACGGUGCUGAGCAGCUUGGCCGGGGGGGACAUCGUGAGGGGCCACGAGGAGACCUGCAUCCGGAGGGCCAGGGCUGUGAAGCAGAGGGGCGUCUCCCUUCUGCAUGAGGUGGACACUCAGUACAGCGCCCUGAAGGUGAAGUAUGAGGAGUUGCUGAAGAAGUGCCAGCAGGGAGAGGACUCCCUGUCCCACAAGGCUGUGCAGACCCCCAGAGCUCUCGCCAAAGACCUGGUGGGGACCAACGCCCAGCCUGAGCUGGGCCCCAGCGGCUGGGAACCAGCCUCUGUCACCCCAGAGCCCGUCAGUUCCCCCACCACCACAACACCUCCGGAAUACAAGGCGCUUUUUAAAGAGAUCUUUAGUUGCAUCAAGAAAACAAAGCAAGAAAUAGAUGAACAGAGAACAAAAUACCGAUCUCUCUCCUCUCAUUCCUAAUUCAACCUCCAGCUCUACUACUAAUUGGCUCGUUUCCUUUCACCUCUGUCUCCCACUCCGACCGUUGUCUGUAAACCCCAUGGCCACGUGGCUCAUGACGUUUGCCUCGCUGUUUUGCUUACUAAGCAGCCAACAGCAGGGAACGAAGGUGGCUGCUGGUGUCAGUUCUAUAACCCGGUUCCGUUUAAGCUCCUCAGGAAAUCCCGUGACAACCUGGCCUCUGGCUGGCGCACUGAUUUGUGUUGUGAUUCCUUGAAAAGCCCCAGAACCAUUGGAGGGAUAGAUGUGUGUUCCUAGAGAAGUAGGCCUGGAGUCCCUAUAUAUGUAGUAUAUAGAGAGUGUAUAGUAUACUGGGGAAAAGGGCAGAGUUGAAACAAAACUAAGGCGACUCCUACUGCCUCCUCGCUUCUCAAAACUGUGUAGGAGUCAGAUGGCUGCCAACCUGAAAUGGCUUCAUAAACACUGUUGUAUACUGUGAACUCGUUAAGAAGAAUGUCCAGGAGAAAGCAGGGUCUAACCCAAAAUCAAUGGCAUUAAAAAAUACUCCAAGCCUUGAGUUUGGUUACAUCUGCUACCAGUUGAGCUGUGACUGACAAGGAAUCAUAAUAUGUCUAAAUCCAACUGAUACCAAACUGAAAGGCAAGCUCUGGUUUGACCUUUGCUGUUACCAUCUUGCUAGCUUAUGAGCAUAGGCCCUGGAGGGCCCCCACCCCCACCUUCAGAUGUUUUUACUCAAAGCUAUAGUGGUUAGCAUAGGCAAAUAUGUAAAUCAUUCUUAAAGUCAGACUAAAAAAGCAAGAUCAAAUCCCUCACUGUGUUGUCCAAGCUGGCUAAGCUGACAGCUACAGGCUGCCCUUGUUCAGUUCCUGUCGUUCCUAUAAAUGUUUUUGACUUGCUGCAGAAAUUCCCAUUUGCUACUUUAUUAAACAGUAUUGUUCUUUGGGAAUCUACUCAUCCUCUCACUUUGCAUACUUUUAAUUUAAAACUAUUUAAGAGAACUGAAGUUCCACUUACUGUAUAUAUUUUUUCUAAAAACCAAAUAAAACUACCUGUGAAAAUGAACAAA